GCUGAUUGCAUUGCUUAUCUCCUUCGAGAAUUGGCUUACCUAAUCUAUCGUGGUGUUAGAUAUAGGCAAUUGGGUUUCCAGUGAAUUGAGAAUUGAUUGCUUCAUUUCGACAUAGAGCUGAAAAUGAAGUGCUCUGUUUUUCCAGGAUGUGAUUGCUGGUCUUUUCUGGGCAAAUGUGGUCCACGCAUCCUUCUUUUCCUCAUAUAAUAAACAAACACAGAAUCACUUAUUUUAGCGGGCAAAGUACGGUUCAAUUCUUAGAGCAGACAAUGUGCCAAAACUCAGAUGAGUUAUUUGAUCCACUUGAUAAUAACCUGAUUGACGUGAUUUUUCCUUUUUUUUGUUUUUUUGCCUUAGAGAUCACUCUCACGUACCUGAAUGGAAAAUAUUAGAAUCUGCAUAUAGAGAGCUGCUGUCUCUACAUGGUAGACAUUCAGACCUGGGGUUCUUGGGUGCAUAAUCAGCUAAAUCUGAUUUAGUGUUUGGUUGCUUGCAAUACUUAAUGGCUUGCGACUUGUGAUAUCAUGAUUUUCAUGUCCGAGACUCCUUGCUUGUUCUUGUCUGGUUUUGGUUUGUCAGCCUUUGCUGAGUAGGCUUCCUCUUACAUUGGAUGUUAAGAUGUGGAAAAUGCUUUCAGAGGGUAAAGCAAGAUGGACAAAGUAAAGAAAAAUAGACAGGAGAAUAUAUCCUCCUUAGUAUUCCUAUACACUCUUUCUGCUGCGAAAGGCUCAGUGAGGUUUGGCUGCUUGGUUGGAUAAAGUCUCGCUACCAUCGAGUUUAGAGCUCAUCAUGCAAGUUAGCUGGCAAACUGAGAACCGAACUCGAUAGUUUUACCCUGCCAUAUAGUGAGCAGGUGGUCCUCCAAAGUGAAUCGUUCGUCAGAAGCAAGCAUCACAGGACAGAAGAAGAGUCAUUUAAGCAUGUCGAACAAAAUUUAUUAUCAGUCUGCGCAUGAGAUUGGCACCUUUUGCUUGCCUCAGUUUCAUACUUUAGAUUGCCACCCUUGCCACUAUCACACACAGAGUCUCCCAGAAAAAUACUGCACCCUCGAGUCAUCCUCCGCCAGCGGAGGUUAUGCUAUUUACAACUCACCAUCAACCAUCAGCUUCUCAUCCAACGGGAGUCCUGUAUCUCUGCAAGAUUCCGUGUCUUUUCUACCUGAUACCCUACACUCCCCAGAUAAUACCUAUGCCUCCUCCAUAAGUGGGUCUUGUGUCACCGACGAUGCAAAUGAUUUUUUGCACAAGCUGAGAGAAUUGGAGAACCUAAUGCUGGGACCUGAUUCUGAUAUUCCCACUAACUAUGAGAGGAGUCUCCAGAAGGGGAUCCACAUAGCCUCGCCGGGGAUCAAACUAAUGGAUGCAAUAGAACGGAGGGAUUUGAAACAAGUCCUCAUUGCCUCUGCAAAGGCAGUUUCAGAAAAUAAUCUAUGGACCGCGAACUGGUUGAUGGAUGAGUUGCGUGAAAUGGUCUCAGUUUCUGGGGAACCGAUCGAGAGGCUGGGAGCGUACAUGUUGGAAGGUCUCGUUGCUCGUUUAGCCUCCUCAGGAAGCUCCAUCUAUAAAGCUCUGCAAUGCAAAGAACCUGAAAGCUCGGAGCUCCUUUCCUACAUGCACAUUCUUUAUGAGGUCUGUCCAUACUUCAAAUUUGGAUACAUGUCGGCAAAUGGUGCGAUAGCCGAAGCCAUGAAAGAUGAGAAAAGAGUCCACAUCGUUGACUUCCAAAUUGCUCAGGGUAGCCAGUGGAUCACUUUAAUCCAGGCGUUUGCAGCGAGGCCUGGUGGGCCACCCCACAUAAGAAUAACUGGAUUCGAUGAUUCCGCGUCAGCUUAUGCCCGUGGAGGAGGAUUGGACAUUGUGGGGAAGAGGCUAUCUAAACUUGCUCAGUCAUACAAAGUCCCCUUUGAGUUCCACGCUGCAUCGAUACCAGGUUCAGAUUUACAGCUGCACCAUCUCGAUGUUAGGCCUGGGGAGGCUUUGGCCGUAAAUUUCGCAUUUAUGCUUCACCACAUGCCUGAUGAGAGUGUGAGCACUCACAACCAUCGGGACCGGCUCCUAAGGCUGGUCAAGAGCCUGUCGCCGAAGGUGGUGACCCUAGUGGAGCAAGAAUCUAACACGAAUACUGCUGCCUUUAUCCCACGGUUCAUCGAGGCUAUGGAACAUUAUGCAGCCAUGUUCGAGUCGAUGGAUGUGACUCUUCCCAGAGAGCACAAGGAGAGGAUUAACGUAGAGCAGCACUGUUUGGCAAGAGACGUUGUCAAUAUAAUUGCGUGCGAGGGGGCCGAGAGGGUAGAAAGGCACGAGCUUCUGGGGAAGUGGAGGUUGCGUUUUGCCAUGGCAGGAUUUACGCCAUACCCUUUGAGCUCCCUAGUGAACGCCACCAUCAAAACGCUGUUGGAGAAUUACUCUCACAAGUAUAGGCUAGAGGAGAGGGAUGGAGCUCUUUAUUUAGGAUGGAUGAAUCGAGACUUGGUAGCGUCUUGUGCGUGGAAGUGAAAUAAUCCGAGAAAGUAUAAAGACGGCAUGAUGGAGCAGCUGGAAUCGUUCUUCUUCUUUUCAUGUUUCGCUCCUUUGUAAUCAUUUAGCUCGUACCUUUGAUGAGGUGUUUGAAGCUGUUCACUUUGUAUAGUCCCAGAUUUCAUGCUCUACUCUUCCCCUGACAAAGGUAGGGAAAACUCAUUUUCACUGAAUUGGAACUUCUUUUGGUGACCAUUAUACUGAACUCAGGUGCAAAUUUUUUCAAAGAGUGAACGCUUUUGAAAGCCC